GCUAUAAAAUGGAAUUAAAUAGCGAUUGUUAUUUCGGGCUGAAGGCUGCGAAGUGUAAUUAAACGUUAACUAGCUAAAGUUCCACAUUGAAUUGUAGUCUGAGACAAUGUUUUCUUAUCGCCUUUUGUUCGAGAAAAGAGCUUCUUCAUACUAAAUUCAAUGAGUCUCUAAUUUGUGUCAAUCAAACAAAUAGAAAGGAAACAAACAAUUAACAAGCAAUUAUUUCAAAAGAAUAAAAACAUAUAUAACAAUAAAAGUUUUCAGUGUAACGUUACUUAAUUUGUUUACUUUAUCUGCGUUUUGGCUGAUAAUUACUUCCAGUGAGAUUUGUCCUCAACUUAUAAGAUUGUCACGAGCUAUUUGGGAAAUAACCAAUUAAUUAGAUAAUAUAAUUGGACACAUCCUCUGAUUAAUAUUUCUUCCCACUCUAAGGAUAUCAAUUUAAUAUUUUUCACGUCCCGACGAAGCGCCAGCCUCCUCUCGUACACGUACGCGAAUUCUAAGAACGGGCUUCUGCAUUAUAAUGUCCAAGACGUCUCGUAAAGCUGUCACUAAUAUAAUGAUCGAAAAGCAAGCAUAGAUAACAUAAGGAGGUGUGGCGGAGGAGACGAACGAAGCGACGACAAGAUCUCUUUCAAAGUUACAUCUCGAUGAAGAAAUUGUUGACGCGACGACGCGAAGGACCGUCAAAAGAGCGCAGAAGAGAUCCGACGGCAGAUGAGAGAGAGAGAGAGAGAGAGAGAGAGAGAGAGAAAAAAGGGAGGAAAAAAAGACGAAGGCACGAGUAGGCGUCCCCGCUGUGACGCGGAGGCGUUUUCGUCACGACCCGAUACGUCGAGGAGGAAGGAAAAGAAGGGAAACUUCGAGCAGACGCCCUAAGGUUGCCGCGAAGAGAUUGAGAUCGCCGGUUGUCCCGGAAUCGUCGAUCACGAUCGGGUACGCAGGGGGGAAUUGACGACAGCGACGGGGUAACGCCGUCGCGAUCGCGCCCGCAAUCGUUCGAAUCCGACGCGAUUGAUUGAACGACCGACCGACCGACCGACCGACCGACCGAUCGAUCGAUCUCUCGUCGUUGUCGUUUCGUCUCGGCUCGGCGGAAAGCAAAACUUCUUCUUUCUUCGGGAGAAACGCCCGUAAUAAGUGGUACGUCGCGCGAAGCAAUCGUCGCUUCUUCGCAGUCAGUUUUCAUUCAAGGUGUCUGACAAUGCCGGAUGCUAAGGCACUAGCCUUACUACUGACGAUCACAACGUGAGCGGUCAGUCAGUUCCGCGGAUCAUCGGGGAGAUAAUGAUUACAGAACAGACCUGGAGCAUGAUGCUGGACAGCGAUGUCACGAGCAUCAGCGAGUCGAGCAUUUCGCCGAGGAAACAAUUGUGGAUCAAGGCGGUGAAGAAACUGACCUCUGAGAGGCUGGGACGGGAGGGACUGGCGGCGUGGGAGGACCGGAAGUCUAACAACGAUUCCGAGGUCGCCGAAGAAGAGAAGGACAUCAGCGCGCCCACCGAGGAUGCCGAGGUUGCCAAGGCGGAACCGGAAGCCGCCGCGGAGCAGCCCGUGGCCGAUGAGGAGGCUCAGACUCAACGCGACGUCUUCAAGAGGGGAGUGCUGUACAAGGGGAUAUUCUGUCCCUCGCUGACCAACAGCUUCCACAACAAGCAGCUGGAAACAUCCUAUCUUCAUUAUUCGAAUCGACAGCGGCAGAAGUCCCUGAUAAUGCUGAACAUCGUGGAUCUCGGUUUGAAAAUCACGUUGACAGCGAUCUGGCUGUGGCAACGGGACCCGAACAGCGGAGGCCUCAUCGAGUCCUUGUCCUGGGCCGCGUGCUGCAUAGCGGCGAAUCUGGUGGUUUGCGUGCUGGGCUGGUGGCGUUGCUUUUCUAACAAUUACUUAUACUGGGCCUCCAUAUUCACGUGGUUAUUAAUAAACUCCCAAGGUUUCAUAGGUGCCGGUCUGAACUUUACCACGCAGCAGAGACUCAUAUGGUACAUACUCUUCAUCGUGUACGCGCCAUACGCGAUGCUGCCUUUGCCGCUGCGAUGGUGCGUCCUCGCUGGCUACGGAACGGCGCUAACACACUUGGUGAUGGCCGGUAUAAGUCUCCUACGAGACUCCACACACCUACGGGACGUCGCGUGCAUCGUUCGCAUGCUGACGACGAACGUGCUGCUGUACCUGGCCGUGAACCUGGCCGGCAUGUACACCAAGUACCUGACGGACAGAGGACAACGGCAGGCCUUCCUGGAGACGCAUCGUUCGAUGGAUGCGAGGCAACACACGCAGAACGAGAAUAAUCGACAGGAGAAGCUACUGCUCUCAGUCUUACCGGACUUCGUCGCCAAGGAGAUGAUCCGCGACAUCGCGCGCGAAACCGCUCGAGGAGGAACGAUAUCCUUCACGCCGAAUCAGUUCCACCGAAUAUACAUUCACCGCUACGAGAACGUCAGUAUCUUGUUCGCCGAUAUCAAGGGAUUCACGGCUCUGGCGAGCCAGUGCAGCGCCCAGGAGCUGGUAAAGGUGCUGAACGACUUGUUUGCGCGCUUCGACAAGCUCUCGGCGGAGAAUCAUUGUCUGCGCAUCAAGCUUCUCGGCGACUGUUAUUACUGCAUCUCCGGCCUGCCAAUCGCCAGGAGCGACCAUGCUCACUGCUGCGUGGAAAUGGGCCUGCACAUGAUCAAGGCGAUACGCGACGUGAGAUUCACCACGAAGGUGGAUCUGAACAUGAGAAUAGGGAUCCACAGUGGGUCGGUGCUGUGCGGGGUUCUGGGGCUGCGAAAAUGGCAGUUCGACGUGUGGUCGUACGACGUCACGCUGGCGAAUCAUCUGGAGAGCGGUGGGAUACCAGGGAGAGUGCACAUAUCCGCCGACACGCUCAAGUGCCUAAACGACGUUUACGAGGUGGAGCCCGGCUACGGUAGCGAGCGGGACAACUAUCUGAAGGAUAGGAACGUGGUGACGUACCUCAUCAAGCAAGUCGAGCCUCUGCGGUCGCGGCGCAAGUACUCCUCGAGGCCAAAAGUCUUGUCGGAGGAGGACGCCGCGAACAAGAACAAGAAGAGCUUCAAGAUGAACAACGCUCUACCCGCGAACAGCAAUGCGCCCAACUCCAACGUGGACGACGACAUUGGGGUCGACUGGACACCUGAAAUCCCAUUCGAGAAUCUGAACACGGCUACGUCGAUGAGCAACCUGGAAUCCGAAUACUUGGAGGAGGAGAACGGCACGGCGAAGUCCAAAGCGACCUCGCCGACGUCCGGCGAGAAGAAGGGCGGCAUCGAGACCGCCAGCAACAAGCGCAUGAGAUCGGCGAACAUCAACACAUGGACGCUGCGCUACAAUGACGAGAGUCUGGAGUCCAAGUUCGACCAACUACGGGAGGACAUGUUCAAAUCCAACAUGAUAUGCUGUUUCGUCAUCUGGCUCUUCAUUGCCAUCUGCCAGGCCGUCAUUUUAUCCGACUGCAUCAUUCUUCUGAUCUCCCUUCUGGUGACGACGGUUAUCCUGGUGGCGUCGUCGAUCCUGGUGAUGGCUGAGGAGUUCAAAAGCAUGCCGACGUACCUGCAACACACGUCGUCCAUGUUGGUGCACAACAAAAAACACCGUACCGUCUUCAUCUGCGGCGUGAUCAGCCUGAUGGCGUUGACGUCCGUCAUCGGCGUGGUGACGUGCCCCAUCACAGUGCGCCCUUACCCGGAGGUGAUGGUUCUCGAGCAGCAGCAGCAGCAGCAACAGCAAAUAACUACUUCGACUCCAGGGGUGCCGCUUCCCGUACAAGAGAAGCUGACCGCCACCACCACCAGCUCAGGCGUGGAUCACUUCAUCCUGACGUUCUUGGAAGCAGCCUUGAGUGAUGAGCCUUCCGAAGCGCAGAAGACCGCGUCUACCAAGGAGAAUAACACCGUGGAAGGGGAUUCCAGCAAUAUCGAGCUAAAGCUGACGCGAGUGGUGAACGAAAAAGCGCCUGGAAAAAGCAGACGGGAGUUUUUCAGGUUCUUACGAUAUGAACAGCAUUAUGGAGCGGAAGGCGCCAGGCAUUACCGACGAGUCGCACGAAUACAGGAUGAAGGUGGUCCGCAGAGGAGGAUCCUCUCCGUCGACGAGAAAACUAUGACCAGUGAAGAGCCGUUGAGGAGCAUCGAGGAUGGACUCGUGGUGGGCGGCUGCAUCCGACCAGAGUACAUGGUCUUUACAUGGAUUCUGUGCUUGAUCGCGCUUGCCUCGGCUCUCAAGCUGUAUUACCUGGUGAAGACCGCGCUGGCCGCGGCAAUCGUGCUGGUCUACGCGGUGCUGAUCCUCGUGGUGUGCAAGGAUAUGUUCUCCGAGGGAGAGCAUAACGUAUCGUCGAUACCGCUGCCCGCGCAAAUGUUGACGUUCCUGGCGAUUUUCCUCGUGAUGGUGACGUACCACGGUAGACUGGUGGAAGUGACGUCGCGUUUGGACUUUCUGUGGAAGCAGCAGGCCGAGAGGGAACUGAGCGACAUGAUCGAAUCGCGCCAUAAUAAUAUGCAACUGUUAAAGAACAUCUUGCCAGACCACGUGGCGCACCACUUCCUGACGCAGGAACGCGCACCAGAGGAGCUCUAUUCGCAGUCGCGAGACAAAGUCGGCGUGAUGUUCGCCAGCGUGCCAAACUUUACAGAAUUUUACUCGGAGGACGUAAACAAGGGAAUGGAGUGCAUUCGUUUGCUGAACGAGAUAAUCGCUGAUUUUGACGAGUUGCUGGACGAGACGCCAUUCCAGUGUAUCGAGAAGAUCAAGACGGUCGGCGCCACUUACAUGGCCGCGUCAGGACUGAAUCCCAGUCAAACCAACAAGACAGGCGACAAUAUGGAACAUCUGUGCCGACUGGUGGACUACGCAGUGGCUAUGCGCCAUCGUCUCGAAGACGUGAACGUUCACUCGUUCAACAAUUUCGAUCUCCGAGUAGGCAUCAGUUGUGGUCCCCUCGUGGGAGGCGUGAUCGGAGCCCGCAAGCCGGUCUAUGAUAUAUGGGGCAAUACUGUGAACGAGGCUUCGAGGAUGGACUCCACGGGCGUGAUGGGGCAGAUACAAGUGCCGUACGACAUCGCCAGGUUUCUAGAGUCGCGGGGUUACCAAACGCAAAAACGCGGACUGAUCGAGGUGAAGGGGAAAGGCACGAUGGAGACGUACUUUGUACUGGGCAAGGGCAACCUCCAGCAGGAGGGUAUCUCCAGGCACAGGAGUACCUGCCGAAGUCUCGCCGCGGUGGUCUACGGGGUGGUACAGGCGCGUCGCAAGCAGAUCAGAGCGUUACGAAGGACGUAGGUCAUUUAGGCUCGUCCCGAUGCAGCAAAUUUGUCGGACGAAGCUGAAGAGGGUAUGGGAGGAAGGCGGGGGCGUAGUUUCAAAGCAAUUUCCAUUAAUCAAGUUUACUACCUCCUUAGCUUCGGUACACUUCCUCUUUGUUGGUUUUAGUUCCAGUCGAGCUGAUCGAUUCGAUCUGAUUCGGAGUAUGAUACACUUCUCAAGUGAGCCUCGAUUUGAUUCGAAUUCGAAUCUUUCUCCUGAAAUAAAUAUGACCAUGAGAAACAAUAACGAGUGUCUUCACGAUUUGGACGAUUCUUGAAAUUGGAUUUUCGCACCGUGAUUUUGGUAAGCGCGCGCGGAAAAUUCACUUGUUAUCAUUGCGAUAAUAAUACCCCGACCAACAUACCGUUAUUAUUACUACUAUUAACAGAGGAACGAUAACUUUUCAAGCACCAAGCUUGUCGAAUAUGCGCGACGAAUGUGGAUACUCGAGUAUACGGGAAUGUAAAAAGAGUCGUCGUCCAAUUUUAUUUCCGUGUCAUUUUAUCAAAAUGUGUUGAAUGUAUUGUAUAUAGCACUUAUAUAAUAAAUAAUCGGUCUUAUAGAGAAGAGUUAUAUUUUCGUUUUCUCCACUCGCGUUACCAAUCCUCUAAAUACAUCGUAGGAGUUGAGAAUAUUUCUCACGAGAAAUCUUCUUAUACAAGAUACAAUCAACGAUUCGCAAACUUUCAUUGUUUUGUGGUUAAUAAAUCGCGGAUAUUUUGACGAUAACAAACAUGAGAGAACUUCAAUCUGUCAAAAAGCAAUGUGUCUCAUCAUCGAGACAAAAAUUUGACUGCAAGUGUAAUUAAAAAAGCUGGUUACGAAGCGAUUUCAAUAGCAAAUAAUUUGCCCCUGCCAUAAGUUUGUCAACGUUUAAUUAUCAAAGCAUAAGUUAUUUAAUGACAAAAUAAAUGAAUAAUCGUCGCUGUACAACGCGUUGGAUUGGUAACAUUCGCGGAACGUUUCGCUGCAAUAAUAAAUGGGAGCAUUAUUAUUGCUAUCAUUGUCAUUACCAUUAUUAUUAUUAUGGUAAUCGGUAGGUGGAAAUGCAACACACACACGUCUGGCUCCGUGUAACCGUAUAUUACAUUAUUAUGGUAAACACAAUAUUUAUAAUCAAUAUUUAUAAUCGUAAUAAUAAUCCAUGAUAAUAAUGGCAAUAAUGAUAAUAAUAAGGCUAGCUACAAGGCGGCCCGCCGCGAUCCAGCUGAGCCGCCACUCUUCGAUUGUGACUGUACACUUUUACAACAUACUCGUAAUAAUAAUCUAAUUUUACAUUAAUCAUUAGAUAAUUCAUUACAAUACGAACCUAGUUAGAAGAAUGUCACGACACGUAGGAAGGACCGCGCGCCUUAUCCCUCGGAUUACACGCGUUUUCCUCUCUUUUCUAAUUAAUUCGUUAAUUAAUUAAUUAAUCGUUAUUAAUCGAUUAUCACACACCGAUACUCAGCAAAAAUCUUGCACCCUCCGAAAAAACGCGUCUUUUUCCUCUAAGAAA